AUGUCAAACGAAUCUACUAUUCCUGAGAAGAUGAGAGCGCUGAGAUUAUUCGAGUACAACAAGAGCUAUGAACUUUGCGAUGAUGUCCCUGUGCCGACACCAAAGCCAGACGAGGUUCUCGUCCGUGUGGCUACUGCUGGUUUCUGCCACAGCGAUAUUAUGGUACAUCAUGGCUUAACACAGGUACCAUUACCGUUCAUCGGUUCUCAUGAGCCAGCCGGUACCAUAGUCAGCCUUGGAUCUGAAGUAUCAGAAUCAUGGCAAGUGGGAGACCGUGUAGGAGUCACAAACUUCAUGGAUCCUUGCAACAGUUGUGGAGGCUGCAAAUGGGCAAACCAGACUAUCGGAUCUCUUGAUCCAAGGUUCUGCGAUAACAGGACAAUGUGUGGUAUCCUUCGUCGCGAUGGGGCGUUCGCUGAGUAUAUGACUGCUUGGCACGGCGCACUUGUUCAUUUGCCUGAUGAUAUGAGUUUCGAACAAGCAGCACCUUUGAUGUGUGCUGGAGCAACUGUAUGGCAUGCUAUCAACCAAGCAGAUGUACAGACGGGACAGACCAUAGCCAUCGUUGGAAUAGGUGGUCUUGGAGUGUUGGGUAUUCAAUUUGCAAAAGCUCGAGGUCUUCGAGUUGUGGCUAUCGACAACCAUGAAACUGGACUGAAGCUCGCAUCAGAGGUGCCCUCCCAUCUCAAACCGGACCUCAUCCUCAAAUACGACGACCCAGAAGCGAUCCAAAAGAUAUCGGAUUUCACAGAUGAGAUCGGCCUCAAAGCUGCUGUCGUAUGCAACAGCGAUGAUGAUGCCAAUGACUGGGCCGCGAAGCGACUGCAACCGAGGGGCGUGUUAGUCGCAGCAGGCUUUCCAGAGAAUGGAUUCAAAUUUGACCCCAUGAACCUUGUGUUGAGGGAGAUUGUAGUCAAGGGGAUCGUUCAUUGCAGCAUGGAGGAAACAAGGGAGAUGAUGGAGUUUGUGACCCAACAUGGCAUUCGCAGCCAUCUGAGCUUGCUUGCGAUGGAGGAGGCAGAGGAUAUCAUUACCAAGUCCCAGGCCCAUGCCUUAGUUGGCCGUCCAGUUGUCAAGAUUCAAAGAUAG